AUGUUACUUCAACAAAUUUGUCCAGGAAAAUCUAAUGGUCAUAUUCAAAGUUUUUAUACUGCACUUUGGGAUAAUACUCGUUAUAUUAUAUAUGGGGCCGCAAAUAAAAUUGUAAUACACAAUGGGGAUUUUAUUCAUCUACAAACAAUUGAUGUUAGUAAUAAUCUGAAAACUAAUGAUGACCAGCAAAAUGAUGAAAUUAUUUCUGUAGGAAUGUCAGAAGAUAAUGGAAAGAUUGCAGUUACAUUUGGCACUAAAGUUGUUUUAUUUGAACCUUCUUUGUGUGAUAUGUUGGCCAGAUGGAAUUUAUCAAAAGUAUUGCUUCAUGACUGUUCUAUCUAUUGUACAUCUUGGGGCAAUAAUAAUGGCCAGCUUUUGGUUGGUGGUGAUAAAUUUAUAAUUUGGCAAUCACAAAACUCUAAUAAUCAAAACAUUUCAACUUCUUGGGAAAAAAUUUGGGAACAAGAACUUGGUUCAAAAAUAAUUCAUAUACAAAUUUCACCAGAUAAUAAACUUAUUGCUACUAUCGGGAAGCAUGAUAGAUUGGUAAAAGUCUGGUGGCUUUAUAAAUCUGUUGAAACUAAAACUUUGAAAUCUAAUUUCAAUGAUGGUUUUGAUCGUUAUACUCCUAUACAUUGGAUACACCCUAAAGAAUUCUUACUUUCUAUACAAAUAGCUCUUGAUUCUUUAGAAGGUGAAUUGGAUGAUUCAGUAAUUGGUGCUCGUUUAAAAAAAUUUCAAAAACUUGCUCUUGAUACUCCUGAUCUAUUCUAUCAGAUUCAACAUGAUGGUACAAUGAUUAUUUGGGGUAUACGGAACCUUUAUUGUAGACCACGUCGUAUUCCAAAAGUAUUUGUUUUGCUUCGUAUAAAUCCAGGAGUCCCAUUAUCUGAUGUUGAAUAUUUUUUUGGAAGUACUGCUAUUUAUCAUGAAAAAGCAAAUAAUAUUUCUUUUCAAUGUUUAGUAGAACUCACAAUAGUAGCUCAAAAUAAUCAAGGUCGCAUUAACUGCUAUGCAAUUAGACUUGUUGAUUUAUUUGAUUUAAAACAAAAUUCUUCACCAUUGAAUCUUAAAAAUUCGUGGACUGGCCAUCACAGUGACAUCACAACAAUUAUCAAAGCUCCUAGGACUGAUAGUUUUGUAUCACUGGCAAAAGAUGACGAAAUCAUUUUAUGGGAUAUAAAUAAUACUGAAAAAAACUCUCAAUUCAUAGUUGAAAAAUCGCCUUUUUCAAUUGAUUCUAAAAUAAAACUUGUUUGUGUUUUACCAGGUGGAAAUUGCUUAGCUGCUUAUGACGGAAUAAGGAUAAUAAUUAGUGCUGUAGCUGUUGAACAAUGGACUGGUAUACAUUCAAGAUUGUAUAGAGUAACAAGAGGUCUAAGUCCUCCUGUAUUUUUAACUUUUACUGAUGAUGGUUAUAUUAGAUAUUGGCAAUUUUUAGAAACAGUAUCCGGUUAUGAAAUUACAAUAUGGGAAUGUCUGACUAAAAGAUUGCCUGCUUCAAAAGAUUUUAUAACAGAAUUCUGUGAAAAAGUUAUUGAUAUUGAUUGGUUAUACACCUCAAAUGCAGAGUUGGUACUUGCUAUUGCAACUUCUCAAAAAAUAUCUAUUUAUACUCGCUCACUUAUUGUUGCUAAUGGUAAUCAAUUACGUUGUUACAAUAAAUGGUUAAGUAGAGAGGACCUUAAUAAAGUGUUAAAUAUAACUGGUGUUAACAAAUAUCCAACUUUGUUUCAUGUUGUCGACUAUUUAAAUGGACCAUUACCUCAUCAUCAUCCAACAUUAUUGAUACAACAUAUUUUAUGGGGUAGAAUGGAACUUGUUAAACAGAUACUUGCACAUCUUUAUAAAUAUAUAAAGUUAUUGUUAAGUUACGAUAAACCAAUUGCAACAAUUCUUCCCAUGCCUUUUGAUAAAUUAUUUGGAGAAGACAAAACGACAUCAACUAUUAAGACACGUCGUUACAGCCUUUUAUUUGAUGAAGAUAGUGAUGAUGACGGAUCUCAAGAAUCCACGCUUGAGUUUACCCAAGAAGUAGCUGAAUUCUUAAGUGAAAAAUUAAAAUCGAUUUCACUUCCAGAUUUAUCACACGUCGAACAAGCACAAUUACUUGCUUUAGUUGAUACUAUAAUACAAGUAUAA